AUGGCCACACUACCCAGCACUCUUUCUCAGACAUCUGAAGGCUACGACCAGCUUCGCCGCAAGUUCUUCAACCAACGCGUCCCCGACAUCCAUCCCACCGAGAUAGCCAGUCCAACAACCACCGCCGAGGUCGUGGCCGCUGUCAAGAGGGCACGCGAGCAUGGCUGGAAGAUUGGCGUCCGUUCCGGCGGGCACCUGUUCUUCUGCAGCGCGCUCCUGGACGGCGGCCUCCUCAUCGACACACGCAACCUGAACCAGGAUAUCGAAUACGAUCCUGCAACCAAGGUUGCUUCAAUCAGUCCUGGCCACAAGGUCGCGGAUGUGACCAAGUAUCUCGAAGCCCGCGGUAGAUUCUUCCCCGCCGGUCACUCGCGGUCCGUCGCCGUCGGUGGAUUCCUACUCGCGGGUGGGCAGGGCUGUUUCCUCCGCGGAUGGGGGUAUACUGCCUCCAACUGGGUCACGCAGCUGGAAGUUGUCACCUCGGAGGGGGAGACAGUCAUUGCCACCCCAGGCAGCGGGCAGGGUUAUUUUGGAGUCAUCACGAGGAUCUGGGUCAGCACGAUCCCGACAAGAAGACUUUUUGACACCACCAUCAUCGUUGAUUCGACCGAUAUCUUCAAGCCGCUGCUCAAGUGGGUUCUCGAGACGUCCAAGAAGGUGCCCAAGUACGGCGUGGAUCUGUUCUACUGCACCUUCUACGCCGACAAGGACGACCCCAAUGGCGGCCACGAGUCGGCCGCCAAGCGCGUCUUUUUCGCCAUCAACGAGACCAUCUUUGCCGAUUCUUUUGAUGAAGCCAAAGUCCUGGCAAGCCCCUGGAACGUAGUACCUGACGAGUUCAAGAAGUAUAUCGUCACCACUGUCCCGUUGGUGGAGAGAACCUGGGAAGAGCUCUGGGGCCUCCAGGAGAGCUUCCAGCCACAGGGAAAUGGUGAGAGAUGGAACGUUGACAGCAUCCUGGUUGACCCCAAAGCGUCCGACGACGAGCUCAUCGAUGCCAUCACCCCGGCUUUAUACGACCUGCCGUCUCGUCUCUCAUCCGGCACCUUUUGUCCGAUGGACUAUUACCCUGACGAGGCGGACCAGGCUCUGAGCUUGCCUCAGAAGACCUAUGUCUCGACCAUGUGUUGCUGGAAAGAUCCCAAGCAGGAUGCGGCCGUGGACAAGUGGCUGCUCGACGCGUAUACCAAGGCAGAAAAGGUCUCGUGUGGUGUCAUGACAGACUCUGCACUCAAGAAGUGGCUCGGGAUCAGGAGCAAAUGGGAUCCUUCAGAGACGUUUAUCGGUCAUCGGGGCUUCAGCAGUGUUUUAGAUAGCAAAGCAGACGUGGGCGCCAAGCUGUAG